UUGUGUCAGCAGCAGCAUGAAGAGGCUGACAAUAUUGUUAGCAUUUGUGCUUUGCGCAGCCAAAGGGAUUAAAAACUCCCAGCAGUCAAUUGAUGAUUUAAAUUAUGCAAUUGAAAUCACAACUCGCUCUACGCAAUACUCACAACUGCCUGGACCUGUGAAGCUUGGCCGCACAGUGGGACGAACACGACAAACGCUGAUUCAGCCGAGAAACUUACCCGAGCCCGAGUCGAGUGGUAAUAAAACGGAAAUGUAUUGCUGCUUUUGGCUGUAUCCAGAUCAUCCAGCAUUACCCGACGAGUGGGAGCAUCGAGAUGAAUAUCCAUUCGAUUUCCACUUCAAUGGCAAAUUCGUGAAGAACGAACGCAACCAUAAGGAUGAGUAAACUAAUUGGCAGUGGAAACCCUAUAAAAUGGUGACUGUCUUAAUUGAGCCUAGAGGCACGUAGUUUUGCUUACACAUAAAAUUAUAAUUAACUUUGUCUGACCAAAAGACUUUGGCCGAAAGUUGUCUUAAAGUUGUGCAGCAAAAUACACUGGACGAUGUUUUGCGCCUAAAAUCCUGACAGCAAGCGCAUAAUGGAUUUGACACAUUAUAAUCAGGUUUGCAUAGCGCCAAGCUGCUCGACAGGCGGUCCUUUUUGGGCCCAAUCCACAGGAGGGCUGACGACAGGACAUUGCGUGUUGGGCGCUGGGUGUUUAGCGAUGAUGAUGUUGAUGGGUAAUGGUUUAUGGGUGGUGCUGGUCGAAACUGAUGGUUUGAUGUGAGAGAUGGAUAGAUGGAGAGAUGAUAGCUGAAAGCCGAAGGCGCUUUGCAAAGAGAUGCAGACAUCAAAACUUGGACUUAGACUUGGUCUUGGCUUCGCUUUGGCUUACUUACUUGGUCACUAAGCGUACAAGUUGCUCAGCGUUUUGUUGAUGUUGUCCUUGUUAUUCGUCCGGAGUUCAUCAAAACUGUGCUGAAGAUGAUGAUAAGCAGCAGAAGCUGAAG